CGCCAAGCCAAAAGCCGAUCCCAAGAGCUGAACUCAGCAGAGACUCUGACGGCUCUUGGAGCAGCUGCCUGAAUCCUCUCAUAGCCAGCCUCCCUGCCCCAUCGGCUCUCCCUCGCGCUGACCCCCCCAAAAUGGCAAGGAACCACCAAGUGCAGAAAGCCAAGCUGGCCGAACAGGCCGAGCGUUACGAGGACAUGGCUGACUUCAUGAAAGCGGUGGUGGAGGAUGGAGCCGAGCUCUCCAACGAGGAACGCAACCUCCUCUCCGUGGCCUACAAGAACGUGGUCGGCUGCCAGAGGUCUGCCUGGAGGGUCAUUUCCAGCAUCGAGCACAAGACCGAGGAAGGAGAUGACAAAUCACAGCUGGUCAAUGAAUACCGGGAGAAGAUCGAGAACGAACUGAAGAACGUCUGCAAUGUCGUGUUAGGUCUCCUGGACAAGCACCUCAUAAAGAAAGCGAGCGACCCGGAGAGCAAGGUGUUCUACCUGAAGAUGAAAGGCGACUAUUUCCGCUAUCUGGCUGAGGUGGCCACCGGGGACGACCGCAAGCAGAUAAUUGACAAUGCCCGGAAAGCAUACCAAGAGGCCAUGGACAUCAGCAAGAAGGAGAUGCAGCCCACCAACCCCAUCCGCCUGGGUCUCGCCCUCAACUUCUCCGUUUUCCACUACGAGAUCGCCAACGCCCCGGAAGAGGCCAUCAAGCUGGCCAAGACCACCUUCGACGAGGCCAUGGGUGACCUUCACACGCUCAGCGAAGACUCCUACAAGGACAGCACCCUCAUCAUGCAGCUUCUCAGGGACAACCUCACGUUAUGGACGGCGGAGUGCGCCGGAGAAGAAGGGGGAGAAGCCGGUGAAGAUCCCAGAAACUGAAUUUUGCAGACCACCGAACGACGGGGACUCCCCGUACACCCC